AGCGGUGGUCUAUGAUCGUGUCUCACGGAUACUGAGAAGAGAAUUCGAGUCGCAGUUCACUCGGUCGAUAGGCAUGUCGUGGGACUCAAAGUCGGCGCAGCAUCGCCGCCAAAAGAGCUCCGUUUCUCAGAAGAACCUCCCUCUUCUCACACGACAGCAGGCGAAGCCCGCCUUCCAGCCCAAAUCUAGCCACGUCGAGGACAGCUUCCUACAAGACUUUCUCGACCCAUCGUUCGACCCGGCUGUCUUUCUCAACACCACUCUGCCCUCGCUCCAGCAUGGCUCGACCUCCAAAGGUGCCGACCGGGCGGUACCCCUCGCCGACCUUUCAAAUGAGACGCAGACGCUGCUCUCGCAACUCAAUGCACACACGGCCCGCCUAUCGACCACGCUCACCCAGCUGACAGACGAUAUUCUUCGGAGCGGAAGCCGUCUCGCCUACCAGGUCGAGCUCCUCCGCGGCGAAACGCUCAGCUUCGCCGAGACGAUGAAUGAGACGCUCCAGCCCGACAUUCAAAAGUUCCUGCCCGAAGGCCUACCCGACGCAAGCAAGGAGGGCGCAGACGUGAAAAGACGUCCUUCGGCCGCCUCGACGACGCCCGCGCCCGACGAGGAAGCGUCUGUGAGCGCAGAGGCGGCGUCGCUCCCCAACGAGCCUACGCACGUGAAGCAGCUGCGGACGCUGACGCUCGUGCGGUCGCGGCUGGAUUCAGUCAUCAAGACGUUUGGUGACGCGAUGGAGUUUGUCUUUCCGCCGUCCGAGCUCUCUGCGGCAUCGGGCUUCUUGUCUGUCUCGGCGCCGGAGCCUGGCACGGGAAGUUUCAGCAGCGGGGCCGGGGAGCAGCAGAAUACGGAGGAGAAGGGCCAGCAGGUGCUCAAGAAGCUGCGGGGGGAGGUUGCUGACCUUCUCAAGGGAGAUGACGCCAUUGCUGGUAUCGAGAAGGCGGCAGAGCGAGUUGAGGAGCUGAAGGAGUUGACGAUGGUGUGGAAGGGUACGGCGGAAGAGAAUGGACGUGUCAGGUUCAUCGAGGGACUGGCGAAGAUGGUGGAGGAGCGACACCGGGAGCUGUUGAGGGAGGCAGAGGACACUGCAAAAAGAGAGACCGGUGAGGAGAACAGGCCGAGGAAGGGAAGUGUGAAGGCCAAGGCAGAGGAGGCGAAGACGAUCCUCGGAGGCUACGGCUUGAUGAGCCAGCUCCAAAAGCUGCGAAGCGGACUGUAG